UUUUGUGCAAGUGAUGGUUGGGGGAAGGAUGCGGUACAGAGCAAGUCCGCCACCCUCUACAUACAAGCCUGGGUACUUUGUACCAACCAGUUUACAAGGACCUUUUUCAUGGAUAAAAACAACGCAGAUGUUGCGUCACCAACCGUAGAUAGAGUCCCUCUUAAGUCGGUUUACAGCCUCGAUUCCAUGCUGGUGUCUGUGGAAAUGAGAGCAUUGAGCGGUAACAAUACCGGCUUUACAUUUUAUGCUGGAGGGAGUGCUAUGAUUGACCAAUCAUCCGAUUCAUAUGGCGCCAUUAUUUACGCUUAUACGGAGACGGAAGUGUUUUUAUGGAGACCGGAUAUAGCCGUAACAAAUGGCUACUUGAUUUAUGUGGGCGGUAUAUGGGGAGCUGGAACCAACAACCAGCAAGACACAGUGGUAGAAGUUACGGUCAAGGUCAUCGAUUUCAAUGGAUCGCCUUGUUCGGAAACGUAUGAUUGCAAACCUAACUGGGCCUAUUUGGCAAGUACUUGUGCUUCUACAGAUUGUCCAACUCCUGUUGAUAUUCCAAAUGCGAACAAGCUCUAUGACGGAGUAUCCAAUGGCAGUCGAACUUUGUACUCAUGCGCAAACGGAUAUUCUGGAAGUUCUAACGACUCCAUGACACACUGCGUUAAUAAGGCAUGGACGACAGCUAAAAUGCAUUGUGAAGCUAUUUCAACACACCAUUAUGUUAAAUUAAACCGAACCAUAGAGAAAUGGAUCGAAGACAUUAAAAGAGACUUAACAAUAGACAGGAAGACAACCAGCGCUUACACACGAAGCCUUAUCAGCGUGUAUGAAUCGCGUCCGAGUGCCGUAGCCAUUGGUGGAGCGGGGGGUUGCGGUGAUCUGCCUGGCAGGCCUUAUUCUACUAUUACCAGAUAUCAUUAACAUUCUCAGAUACUGUAAUGAAUCUGAUGAAAAGGACUAAAUGUAGUUGUUUUGUAAUUUAUCUAUUUUUGGGUGUGUGUGUAUUGAA